AUGGACAGCCCAACUGCCUCCUCUCAGGCCUCCCUCUCUGCCAGACCUCUGGCGCUGGCUUUCGGCAGUUGCUCCUUCCCUUACACUUUUAGACCCAGAGGUUGUAACUGUAACCCCAAGGUCACCCCUCAUCCAUCUAACUCACACUUUCUGUUCCUCUUCUCUCUCUGUUUCUCUGUUUUGUUUUCUUUCGUUUUGUCCUCUUUCACUCAGACACAUAGGAGGUCCAGGCAGCAUGAGCAGCUGGCUGUUCAGAGACACGUGGAUUUGCUCCCUGGUUAUUCAAAGCUGAUUCAAAGCCAAUUAAAGCUGCUGCUUCGGCUGGGGUCCCAACCUCUAGUGGGAAAAACAUUCUUCUUUUCCUGCUGGUGUCACCCACUGUUCCACAGAUCCAAGACAACACCCAAUGUUUGGUACAAAUUUAGUGAAACAGCUCUUUCUAUUCUUUUUUUGCCUCUUUCCAUUCUUAACUCAUGCCAAGCAUCUCAGCUUGGGGUCAGGAAAAUGCCAUGGGACUUGAGCUCUUCCCCUAGAGUUAGAGAAUUCUCUGCCUUAGUUGCAAUAAAGGAAAAGAUACACAUUUUUCCCACAAGCACCAAAGUAGGCUCAAAAUUUGGUUCCUAGAGUAGAGUAUUGAAGUUCCUGGCAAAGAUCUUGCCAGUGAUCAAAGCAGUGGCUCGUAUGUUCCCUCGGACUGAAGCUACAGUCUCGUCUUCACUUCCUGUUCCUUCCCUUCGUCCUCCGCGUAGGCACACCUGCUUCUUACAGUUGUGGAUCAUAGCACCUCCUCUCCAGCCUCAGGACCUUUGUAAGUGCUACGCCUGCUUCUUUGACUGCUGUUCACCGGGGAUCUUCAGGGCACAGUCCUUACCUCCUGCAAGUCUUGACUUAAAUGUCACUUUCUCAGGGAGGCCCACAUUCAUCACCAUUUCACACCCACCUCCCACGUGACUUUAUUUUACCUCUUCUCUCUUCCCCUCUUCUUUUAGAGUACUUAGGAUCUUAUAUGGUACAUUUUGGGAUUUGGGGUUCUUCUGUAUCCACCACUGCCAUGAUCAAUUAGAAUGUUGGAAAUCAAGGAAACUUGAUUUUUUGGCCUGUGAUGAAAACUAUGGGGUCUAACAGUGUCUGAUAAAGUGGCAGACCUUCAAUUAUUAUUUGCUAAGUAAAUGCAUGAAACUGUGUAGACAACUAGCUCUAGAAGCUCAAAUGUGUGAUAGCAUGUUUUAUAAUACUGGAAGAGGCCAGGAAUGGUGGCUCAGGCCUGUAAUCUCAGCACUUUG